ACCCAGACCAAUCGGGUUGAACAUUGAAGCACAAACAGGAAGUGGGAUGUUUAAUCGAAGUUGAUAAAGUUCUCGUUAUUUGCGGCGAAACAGUCGCCCAAGUUGAGAUUACCUGUCGUGUCUGACUCCAAAAUGGAGGUUUAUGUUGUUGUAUCAUCGCUGGACUGUAAGGAAUUUAAGUGCGCUGCCAUAGAGUGAGUUUUAAUGUUCUUAACUGCAGUAAAGUGGAGCUACGCUGCAGGGCUAUGGAGCUGAAGGACGUGGAGAAGAGUUGCUGUGUGGUUAAAAUUUCCGGGACACCAGGAAGGAAACCCGUCAGCUGCAGCGGAGUCGUCGUCCACCGUCGCUCGGGCACAGUCGUGUGCACCGGCCUCCCGUUCUCCCGGUAUGUGGCCGACAGGGGGCUCCUCUCCUCGGACGCCGGGCUCCUGUUCCCCAGCAGCUUCAGCGACACGCUGAAAAUCCGCGUUUGCUUGCCGGAUCCCAAAAGGAGCAAGCCGCCCCGGCAGCGGGAGGUUUCGGCGGAGCUGCUGCUGCUGGUGAACUGCGUGGAGUUCAAACAGGCCUUCGUGGGAGUUUUCCGAGAGGCGGACCAGUGGCGUUUCCAUGGUGACGACGAGGAUGCUGAGCUGGUGAGGGAUGCCCAGUCCCUCUGCUGGUUCGCCGUCCUCAGGGCGCCUUUGGUGGGUGGGGACGGCGCAGACCAGGGAGCCAUCCCCUGGCAGAGCAGCAGGCCCCUACAGAAAGGCUGCCCAGUCGUCGCCUGCGGCUCUCCUUUCGGCUCUCUCUGCUUGGACCUCUUCCUCGGCGCCCUGAGCAGAGGCAUCAUCAGCAACCUGGCCGGAGAAGACAACGCCGUCAUCCUCACCGAUGCCCGCUGCCUGCCGGGCACAGAGGGCGGAGGCCUGUUUGUGGUGGAGGCCACGGACCGGGCCCGUCUCGUCGGUCUGAUCGUGUCUCCGUUCGGCUGGAAGUCAAACGAGUGGAUAGGCCUCACUUUGGUCUGCUCCGUCGACCUGAUCUUCAGGAACAUCCGCCGUGGCACGGGGGCCCGAGACCCGCUUCCUGGGGUUUGGCUCCAACCAGGAGAAGCGGACCUCCGCAUGUGGAGCACAGCUCAGGCUUCAGAGGCUGUGAGAUACCCAACCGUGUGCUUGGUGGACAGCGGACAGGUCUGGGGCUCCGGGGUUGUCGUCACCACAGACCUGGUGCUGACCUGCCGGCACGUGGUCAGCGGCAAGCCUUCGGUCACCCUGAAGUUUCAUCAGGGGGGGAGAGUCUGUGAAGUCGUGGGUGAUGUUUUGUUCUCCACUAAAGCGUCUUCACCCUAUGAUCUGGCUGUGAUUGAGCUCAGAGUCCCCGUCCCAGAGGUCGUGAUUCCUCGAAUGUCGCAAAGUUUUGACCUCGGUGAGGCUGUGGUCGUUGUGGGAUACGGGGGCUUGGGCCGAGCCUGCGGUCCAUCCCUGACGUCCGGCGUCCUCUCCAAAGCCAUCAGCCUGAACUGCCGGCCUGUCAUGCUGCAGACCACGUGUGCAGUACAAGCAGGAGCCAGCGGGGGUGCCGUGGUGCAGAAACACUCAGGAGAGCUGCUCGGAAUCGUAUCGAGCAAUGCACGAGACCUGGCUGCCGGCGUGACAUACCCGCACCUCAACUUCGUCAUCCCGGCGCCGGUUUUCCAGAGACUGCUGCAGGAGUUCCACCGGACGAGAAAGGUCGACGCGUUGGGCGUGCUGAACACGCCAGAAAAGGCCGUCCAACGGGUGUGGAGGCUACAGGGCGCACAAAGCAAACUGUGACCUGCGACCCGGACACUUUAAAGCACGACCGAUUCUCGUUAGAUUCCUUUGAACAGGCACUACGUAUCAGUGUUACUCCCUCUAAAAUCAUUAAGCCAUCAUUAAACUACGCUAUUAUGUUGUAAUACCUUUGUAUUAGUGUAUUUGCAUUUAAUAUGACUAAAAUAAAUAACCCCGUGCUGUCAUAAC